AUGUUCUUGGCAUCCAUGGAUGCCCCAAGAAGGCCUCGUUUGGUGAACCCGACUGCGUACAAUCCACACUGCCCUUUCCACCCGUUCGGAAAAGGAGUGGGAGAUUGUACCUUGAUGUCUCCACUUUUGAUCUUGUCAAGGGUUCCAACGUCCAAUACUGGUGUCUUACCAGAAAUAUUCUUUAGCUCAAGUGGGCCUAAAGUGGGCCUCUCCAGCCCAAAACGGCCCGUGUCACCUAGCAACAGCCGUGAAGCCACCAACAGCAAGCGGUCCACAAGGCGCAUGGGCAGCCACUUGAGCAGCCACAUGGACAGCCCAAAAGUCGAUUUUCCCAGCAUCUCGCGUGGUAGGAUGUGUACCUAA